AAUCUUAUAGAACUAUACUUAAAAAAUUAAGAGAUUAUGGAAGUAAACACGCUUCCAGAAUUCAUGGUGGUAAGAAUCUAACUCUCCAGCAUCUUAAACUACUUUUGAGAAUUGCAUUAAGGCAAAAAUCUGAUCGCCUUGAUGCGGGAAAUAAUUAUGCUAUGGGUGAUACUGAGACAAGACUUAUGAAAAACUUACACAAAUCUUGGAUCGAUUGUGUAAUACUGCGAAGUAAGAUUAAUGAUAAAAGUUAUCAAAGAUCUGUCAUAGAAUUAGAAUGGGAUAUGAGAUACAUGUGCGAAAGACUUGGAUUAAUGAUAACCAUGUAUGGUCUUAAAAAGAAGAUUGAUUAUAAAUUGGAGGAUUCUGAAUUAGAAACUAACUUUACUAUCACUGAAUUUAUUCCACGAAGUAUUAAAUAUAGGGGUCAGGAACCAUUAUCUUCUCAUUUGACAUUUGAAACUUCACGAGGCUUAUUACACCGUAGAUUACAUGCUGAGAAGAAGAAAGCUUUCGAUGAAUUUACCAAAGAAUAUGAAGAGAGAGAAGAGGAUUGGACUAUUUAUGAUAAUGAUUGGCAUGACUGGAAUGACCUUUUUU